AUUUCCUCCAGUUCAAACAUGGCUGUCUUGCAUCUGUAUCCCUGACGAUCGGCAAUCCGAUUUUUGUUUAUUUCUUUUUUAGUCUUACCUGACUAAAAUAAACAUUGCUGAGGUGUUCUUAUUUAGAAACAGCGUUUAAGUAAAUUUAUAUCAGCCCUAAGGAGACACACGCCAGAUUGUCUGAACGAAACUUUCGGGGUUAAGCAGCAAGCUAGUAACGUCAACAAAACAAACCCCCGAUUUGCUUUCAAAUCCAAAUUAGUUAUUCUGAUAACUAAUUGAUCUACAAGCUUUGGAUACAUACACACUCCUAACUGUUAACAGUCAGGGGUAUAAUGGCCACAGAAGAAAAUGAAAUUAUAGGAUGUGCAUCUGAGUUCAUAAAAGAUCGACUGUACUUUGCUUCAUUACGUACAAAACCAAAAUCUACUGCACAUACGCAUUACUUUUGUGUUGAUGAAGAGCUUGUUUAUGAAAAUUUCUAUGCAGACUUUGGGCCUGUGAACCUAGGGCUGUUAUAUCGUUACUGUUGCAAAGUGAACAAAAAAUUGAAGUCCUUCUCACUUGCAAAAAAACGCAUAGUGCACCACACCAGCUUUGAUGCACGCAAAAGGGCAAAUGCAGCAUUUAUGAUAUCAGCCUAUGCUAUAAUAUACUUGAAAAAGACACCAGAAGAAGCAUACAGACCUCUAGUUGCAGGUUCUAACCCCCCAUUUCUUCCAUUCAGAGAUGCCUCAUUUGGACCAUGCUCCUAUAACCUUACUCUGUUAGACUGUUUGCAUGGUCUUAAUAAAGCCCUGGACAAUGGUUUCUUUAAUUUUGAGACAUUUGAUGUUGAUGAAUAUGAGCAUUAUGAGAGAGUAGAGAAUGGUGAUAUCAAUUGGAUAAUCCCUGAAAAAAUGCUAGCCUUCAGCGGUCCUCACUCUGAGACCAAGAUACUCAAUGGUUACCCUCUUCAUGCGCCUGAGUCUUACUUCCCUUACUUCAGAAAACACAACGUUACAGCUAUAGUUAGGUUAAAUAAAAAAAUCUAUGACUCCCGGCGGUUUGUUGAUGGUGGAUUUGAACAUCAUGAUCUUUUCUUUAUUGAUGGUAGUGUUCCCAGUGAAUCUAUUGUAAAGGCUUUCCUUGACUUAUCUGAAAAUACUGAUGGAGCAGUAGCUGUUCAUUGUAAAGCUGGGCUUGGUAGGACAGGCACUCUUAUAGCCUGCUACCUUAUAAAGCAUUACAGAUUCACUGCAGCUGAAGCCAUUGCCUGGUGUCGUAUUUGUCGACCUGGAUCUGUCAUAGGACCUCAACAGAAUUUCCUGGAAGAGAAACAGUCUUGGCUCUGGAAUCUUGGUGACAGGUUCAGGGAUCAGCAUGUCAAGUCUAAGAGGGAGAGACAGAGUUCAGUUUCUAAGUUGUUGUCAGGUGUAGAUGACAUGCGGAUAGAUGAUUCCAUAGACAGUGAAAACCGUUACAGUAACCUCUAUGAGAAUCUUUAUUCAGGUCCAGUGACACGGAGUUCAGGGGGAGAAACUCAGGGUGAUAAAUUAAACCAGCUCAAACUUUUGAGAGGAAAGCAUACCCGAUCAGCUACGACCGGUGCUAUAGUAUAUGAUGAUCUUAAGGGCCACAAGCGCUCCACCACCCAGCCACCCCGGCAAGCAGGCAGUAAAAGUCCUCAGGGUGUCAUAUCUCCUCUCAAAUCCUCCAAAGUUUACAGUCACACCUCCAGCAACACUGUAACCAAUGCAAGCAGUGGGGCAUUGACCGGCAAAAGGCAUGUCCCACGGCAUAUGUCCUCAACUACUGGCACUACUGGGAAAAGAAAACAAGCGUACAGUCUAAGGAAGAACCUUAACACCAGCCUUACUGCAGUUGGCUUGAAUGGGGAGACAACAAGGGACAGUGGAAACCAUCUUAGUCUGACAAGAUCUGACAACUGUUUCACCAGCAAUUCUUCCACUCCAACGUGGCCUUACAAAUACCACUUGAGGUCCAACCACACUAUCAGGACCGCUCUCCCGUACUACUAAAGUUACACUGGUUCGAUAAAGCUUGUAAGAAUUGAUGGACUGGCUCAAGCUUCUGGACGCAUGCAAGAGGUGCCUGAAUGUUGGAUGACUAAGGUGGAGAAAACCAUCUGCCCCUGCCCAUGCUGCUAUACAACAUCAUUCAUGGCUUUUUAAUCUAACUGCUGAGCAUACCAUAAACCUAGUUUGACUUUUUGUCCAUUGUCUCAUGUUGAAGCAUUUCCUUCAGAUAGUCACAUUAAGGUGGCUAUUCAUUUUAUUAUAGCUCACGAUGUUCCUAGGAUGUCUUAAUGUUCUCAUUGAAAUAAGAAAACUAUUUUUUUCUGAAAAUAUGGUUUUUAAGAAAUAGCUAAUCCCCUUAAAUUUUGUCAAAUCUUUGCAGUUCACAAUUUUAUUAAAGAGUGGGGUUUUAUUGUAAUUAUAUAACUGUAUAUUUUUAAAAAAAGGCAGCUGAAUAAGAAUCCUAUAAUAAAAUAACAUAACCCAGAGCAUACCAAAGGCAUUUUUAAUGUUAGUAGCAGAAAUAGAAGGCUGGAACCUGCAGUAUUUUUCUAAAGUUUUCUUGACUUCUAGGGCCCUUCUCACUUUGUAAUUGUGUAGCGUGUGCUGUUUGCAGAUGGUCUUGUGGUUGUACACUCUUUCUGCAUGUGCCACUCUCUCUCUGCUACUGACAUCUUUCCAACUUAGAACGGUAAAAUCUAUUUCUGCUUUGUAUGCAUUUGUUUGACUGUUCCAGCAUCCCUUAUUGAUUUAUGAGUUAUAUUUCACUAUUGUUUUCUUCAUGAUGGAAAGGGCAAACAUGUUGAUUAUUUUUUUUUAUUUCAUGAAAAUGUAUUUUUAUACAAAUAAUGUGAUUUUAUUUUUUUUUUAAAUUGUUUAUCUCUAAUUGCUUAUUAAGUUUAACCUGUUGAGCCAUGGUCUCCAAAAUAUUAAUUUGUCUUAUCUCAUACCCAAGGCUGUUUUGAAGCCUUAAGCACCUUAGAUCUGUUUCCUAUACAAAACCAUUGGAAUUCAAAGGGUUAGAAAAUAACAUUACACCAGGAGACUCUCUGGCAUUGAAAGCCAUGCUGUAGUUAAAAUAUAACAAUUUGUUGAAGUUUUGAGACCUGUUGUUCUAUUAUGGACAUCUAUUUGUACAUAUUAUACAUAUAUUUUUAACGAUUAUUCUGUAGAUGACGCAUAUUUAUCUAGUGGUUUUAUAUUUAUACAAACUUUAACGUUUGUGCAUGAUCAUGUCCUAUAGGGCUGUUUGAAUAUGCACAAAUACACUUUUAUCUUGCUCUCUGUUGUUAUUUUAUUGUGGAUCUUUUCUUUUAAAAAAAUCCCAUUUAGACAGUUGAAUUUAUGGAACAAUUAAAAAUUUAAACAAGUCUCAACCCCUCCUAAACAAAUUUUUUCUUUUUGCAUUAUUUUUUCCUUGUUGAGUGGAUACUGAAAAGAAAGAAAUACAGCAUCCAAAUCUAUAAACCUUUUACAGUCUACAAAUUGCUGAAACCCAUGAUAACAAUUCUAUAAUCAUUUGACAUCAAUUAAAAAAAAAUAUUUUUACAUGUGCACACCAUAUUUUCUAACCAUCAAGGUAUGCUUAAAUGGGUUUCAAGAAAUAAUCAGAUUUAAAUAAUAUAUUUUUUUUUCACCUUUUUAAAGCUAUCUUCUGGAAUUAUUUUCCUGAAUUUCACAAAGUCAAUAGCAUGAACACACAAGACAUGCCGGAGGAACCCACACUUAUCAUCUAUAAAGUAUGCCCUAAAAAAAUUACCAUCACACUGGUUGCAAAACAUCUAUUUUUAAAAAAAAAAUAAUACAGUAUUUUUAUUCUUAUUAUGUAAACUAGACUGUUUUUAUUUUUCUUUCUUUUUUUCUUAACAGUCAUAAUCUAGAAGGUGUAGUCCUGGCCAUCUUCUGUUAGACUUGUAAUUUUGUUUUUAGUUCUAGACUUAGAAAGAUGAGUGGGUGUUGUUUGAAAACUUAUGAUCUGUUAGUGUUAGUAAUCAGACUUGUUUGAUCUGGAAUGCUUCAUUAAUAAUCUGAAUAAAAUGUGCCAUCUUUUUAGCCUCAAUUUACUUUUUGUAUUAUAUACUUAUAAAAAAAAAGAGACCUACAUAUUUUUGUUAAUUGAAUGUUGUAAGGAUUGUGUAACAUGUCUGAAUACACAAGUGCACUUGUAAUAUUGAGUCUAAUUUUUUAUGGUAUUGGUCUGUCUCUGUUGAUCAUCGUAUAAGAUCUUAAGAAUUUUUUAUAGGUAUAUGUACUUACCCUUUGUAUUCAUAGUAAUCAGUUUAUAGACAUUAGUAUUUUCUGUAUACCCAGCUGGUUUCAUUAUAAAAUUUGCCCAUCAUUUUUAACUAAUAAUAUCCCCUUAAAGUUUUUAAGAAUAUUUUGUAUACCAUUUUUUUUUCUCACUGUUUUCAGUAGAGUUGGGUUAGUGCAUUUUGAGAAGAAAAAACAAUUAUUGAUUUAUGAAUUCUCUAAAAGUUGGGUUAAAAUGAAGUAGAUAAUUGCAUCAUACAUUUUUUUUUUAUUUUAGAAAAGAAAAUUUCUUAAAGCGUUUCAAAAGUUUUAGAAUUAAUUGAACAGAAAAACCAUCGAGAAAUUGCAUUACAAAGUAGUUCUUGUUGUCUUGUUGUGGAAAGCAAUGAAUUUCUUUAGUUAAUGUAGACACUACUUUGCCAUUUAAUUGGCUGCCAUUCAUUAAUAAAUCCCUUUGUUGCUUUCUUCAAGCAGCUAAAAGAAAGAUCUAAAUACAAUAAAAGAAAUAUUUUUAAGCACCAGAUGUUUGUUUACUUAUGUUUUUUUUCUUUCAUCUGCUCAAGGUUUCACUUUUCUUUGACCCAAA